AGUUGAAAGACAUGCCUCAGCAAAUCUUCGGUAUUAUAUUUUCCUUGCUUGUAAUCAGCUGUGUUGUCAAAACAACUGCUGGUGUGAAGAAUGUGUUAUUCCUUGCUGUGGAUGAUUUGAGACCUGAGCUCGGUACUUAUGGAGCUACUUUCGUAAAGUCCCCCAAUAUUGACAAGCUAGCUUCCGAGUCACUUGUGUUUGAUAGAGCGUACUGUCAGGUAGCAGUGUGUUCACCAUCUCGAGCUUCUCUCCUCACCGGAAGACGUCCAGACACUAACCAUGUUUGGAGAAUCGCUAGUGACGAAUAUUGGAGGACAACUACAAACGCUACAACUAUUCCUCAAUAUUUCAAGGAGAAUGGGUAUGUGAGUGCUGGAAUGGGAAAGAUAUUCCACCCUGGUCCCCCGGGUGGAAAUGAUGAUAGGAAAUACUCAUGGAGUGUGCCCUACUUUCAUGCUGUUGAUGACUCUGCCAACCACACAUCAUGGCAUAACUUUGACACCAAUGCUAGCAACUUGCGAGAUGGAAAGAUUGCUGACAAUGCUAUCAGCACUCUGAAAGAGAUCAAAGAAAACAGGACCAAAGGAGACGACAGACCAUUCUUUCUCGCUGUCGGUUUUCAUAAGCCUCAUCUUCCGUUCUAUUGUUCCGAAGAGUUCUACAACAUGUACCCGCCAGCUGAGCAAAUAGAGCUCCCAAAGAAUCCAGAUGUACCAAAAAACUUUCCGCCAAUUGCAAGAGCUAUUACAGAGAUUGUUUCAUUCAGUGACAUCAAAAAGUUUUAUCCUAAUAUGACAAAGUGUAAAACUGACGCACAAGCAUCAUUGUAUGGAGACGAGUGCCGAAUUUCAGACGAUUACACUCGUGUGCUGAGGAGGGGUUACUAUGCGUGUGUGAGUCAAACAGAUGCACAGAUUGGGAAGGUGAUCAGUGAAAUGACAUCACUCGGAUUAGCAGACGACACGAUAAUUAUUCUAUGGGCUGACCACGGCUGGCAAUUGGGCGAACACAAUCAUUGGUGCAAGCAUACGAAUUUUGAAGAUACUGCACGAGUGCCCUUUAUGUUGAGGGUUCCUGGGGUCACGGACAAAGGCAUGCGUACUAGCGCUCUGGUUGAACUCAUCGACAUAUUCCCGACAAUCACUGAGUUAGCUGGUAUUAAGGUACCUCCAAUGUGUCCUGCUGGAGACAAGCAACCUCUGGCGUGUGUGGAGGGGACUAGUCUAACCCCUCUGCUCCAGAACCCCAACAUGGAGUUCAAGAAAGCAGCCUUCUCACAAUUCCCUCGGCCUUCUGCCGGAAUGACCUCUAUACCAAAUGAACCUCCUUUUGACAAAAAAGAGCAUUCUGAAAAUGUAAUGGGUUAUUCCAUUCGAGUGGAUCAAUAUCGUUUCACGGAUUGGUAUCGCUUUAAUCGUACAACAGGAACACCUAACUUCACAGAUAUUUGGGCCACUGAACUAUACAAUCACACUGAGCCGACAAUGUUUUUCAACGAUGAAAAUAUUAACAUAGCUGGUGAUCCAGACAUACAAGACAUUGUUGGUCUUCUCCGAAAAAUGCUGCAAGCUGGUUGGAGGGCUGCUAUGCCAUAAAUUAAGAUAUAGUGUAUAAUAGUGUUAUUGUAUGCAUGAAUGUGUCCUCAACUUAUAUGCUGUUAGCUUGCUGAGUGUGUGUAUUAGUCAAAACAUUUUUGAACAAAUCAUUAAUUGGUCUUUCUUGUAAAAUUA